AUGAAUUCUCGGAAGAAGAAGACCUCGACGAACACAUUGAUGAUUACAGCCAUUAUGCGCCACAGCAUGAGUGCGAAGCCUGCAAUGAGAAGUUUCACACUCCACGGCAGGCUCGCGAUCACAUGGACCAACACGAUCACUGGAGAAUCCACUGGUGUGCUACCUGCGAGAGAGGCUUCCAGAAUGACAACAACUUGCAAAUGCACAUGGGUGGCGCCGCGCAUCUCUCACACUUCCCUUACGCAUGCGAGGCUUGCAAUAUCAAGUUCGUAUACACUCUCGGGUGCUCUUUCACCAACCUUUAGACUGAUCAUCACUGURGAUACACCACCUAUCAGGGUGCUCGUCAGCACAUGGAUCGAAAUGAUCACUGGAGGACGCAUUGGUGUCAGCCAUGCCAGCGUGGCUUCCAGAACGACAACAACCUACAGCAGGCAUCUCCACGGCUCAGCGCACUACAAAAACAGCAUCGCGUGCCCAUUCUGCAAGAGAGGCUUCACCGCAGCUAGUGGCGUAGCCAACCACAUCGAAACAGGUUCCUGCCCUCGCGCUACAAACCUCAACCGCGAGUCCGUCUACAAAGCCGUCAGCGCUCGCGAUACUUGUGGCGUUAUCACCAACAAAUUCUUGAAGUGGGACGGAGCCGCCAAUGCCGAGUAUGCCGCAACCGCUGCGAGUUGGAACGGCCACGCCUACGAGUGCUAUCUUUGCAACCGCGACUUUGCCGCUCUGGCUAGUUUGAACCAACACCUCGCCUCGCCUGUCCACAAGCAAAAACUUUACCGCUGCUUUGGCCUGGGGUGCGGAAAGCAAUUUGCGGCCCUGGCCCCGCUUUUCAAUCAUCUGGAGAGCGAGAGUUGUGGGGCGGUGAGGUUUGGGAACGUGCAGAAGGCUGCUGGAAACAUUUUGACGGGGCAGAGGAGGAUUGAAUUCUGA